CAAGGGAAUGGAAAAGAAGAGAUCUCGUCGCUCUUCAGCUAAGAUGGAGAGGAAGGUCAUCGAGAAGAACAGGAGAAACCGCAUGAAGAAUUUGUACACCAAGCUCAAUUCUCUUCUCCCCCACCAUGAUUCCAAGGAGCCAUUGUCGCUUCCUGAUCAAAUAGAUGAAGCUGUAAACUACAUAAAGAGCUUGAAGACGAGGUUGAAUGAAUACAGGGAAAAAAAGGAAUUAACCGGAAGAAAGAGAUCUUAUACACGCACAAUUGAGACCACAGUGAGCUUGAAAGCUCCUGAGCUUAAGAUUAACGAACAUGGAUCCGCCAUGGAGGUGGUUUUGAUGACCGGAACAGACAGCCAGUUCGUUUUUUACGAUAUGAUUGGCAUACUGAAUCUACAUGGAGCUGAAGUACUAAACGCCAGCUUCUCCUUCGUCGGGAAUACAGUUUUCCACGUUCUUCAUGCCAAGAUUGGAGCAUUUGUUGAAGCACAAAUAAUAAAGAACAAACUGAACAAGUUAGUUCAUGGAUCCAGCUGCGAAGAUGAUCAACUGCAACAAGAGUUGUGGAACUUCGAUAUCCUUCCAGAAAAGUGGGAUUUGGACUACGAAAUCUAUCACGAAACGUGGGAUUUCCCUAUCGUGUGAUAACAAAAAACCACAAACAAUUUAAGAGAACAAAAUGGAUGUUGCAGUGAAAUAGACAGCAAGGAAGAGCUGCCUUAUUGUUUUCGAAAUAAGUGUGUAUAGCUAACUAGCUCGGUUGCCUGGUUUUGGCCGCUGCAUCAAAAUUGUGUUCGUGACUGUAAUAAUAUAGAUCAUGAAACUUUACGAUGGAUGCAAUGAUAUUGUUUUUUGUUUUCUUUAUCACUU